AUGAUAAUAAUUAAAUCGAAUGCAUCAUUUCUUUAUAAUACAAAUGAUAAUUCAAAAACAGUUUUCGAUUGUCUUUAUGCUUAUAUAAUUGAUGGCCAUGCUCAAUAUGAACACGUUUCAUUUCGAACAAAUUAUCUAAUACCUUAUUGUCGACGUUCACUAUCAACUGACCCUAUUAAUAAAAUACAAGGAUAUAUAGAAAAUACAGAUACAUUUAAAAAUUUACGUUUACGAGGAAUUACGAGUGACGAUCUUCUUCGAUGGUCAACAUCAAUUGAUAUAAUUGAACAAUAUUCUAUAUAUCUCAGUAAAAAUAAUACCGGAUUUGAUGAAUUUAUUUUUAAUAAUUGUUCAUCAUUAUGGUUUGGUUCGAAUUGUCAAUAUACAUUUAAUCUGAGUAUACCUAUCGAAUCGUUUGGGGAUUUCGUAAAUUCUUCAUUUGUAGCUCGUAGAAACUAUAUGGAAAAAAUUUUGAUCCAUACUUGUUAUCCUCAUUUAUCUGGAUGUUAUCGUGGUCCUGAGCCGAUGUGUUUAGAUUGGCGUGAAAUAUGUGAUGGAAAAAUCGAUUGUAUUGGAGAUAGUUUUGGUAUCGAUGAAGAAUAUUGUGAUGAACUUGAAACAAAUGAAUGUAAAGAAGACGAAUAUCGAUGCCAUAAUGGAGCACAAUGUAUUCCAUUCGAAUUCUUUCGUGAUAGUCGACUAAGUAAAGAUUGUUUGGAUGGAACAGAUGAAACUGAAGAUAAUGGUGUCAUGGGAACUUUGCAUUUUAGACAACCUUUAGAAUGCAUCGAUUCAAUGAUAUUCGCUUGUGAAGAGAGAACAUGUCGUCAACCACAUCUAUUUUCGUGUGGCGAUGGAAGUUGUACAAAUUAUUAUAGAAUUUUUUAUCUUGCUGAUUUUUUCCCAAACGCUUGUCCAGGUACAGGUCGGGUUGCCUACUAUCGUCGAGCAAUGUAUAAAUCCGCCAAACAAUAUUCGAAUGAUUGUUAUCUUUUAUUAUUCUGUAAACUCGGUUUUUAUAAAAUUCUCAAAAAUGAUACAUACAAUAUAACACAUUGUUUAGGUGCAAAUUGGUUAUCAAAUAAUUGUACAUUAGAAUAUCUUUCAUUUCCUCGUGAACCUAUUUUCUAUGGUUAUUUUCAACCUCUUUAUUCAAAACAACUUUUGAUCAAAAGUGACAAUGGUGAUGGAUGGCCAUCAUACAUCUGUACUGAUCCACGAUUAUGUUUAUAUUUGCCAAAUGCAACAAGACAUAUAAAUGAUUUAGCUUGUCGUUCAGCUCCUAGAUAUGAAUAUCCUAAUCUGGGUUUGUCAGCUUAUUUGACAGAAGAUGCUAAGAUUUGUGCAUUAACGGGAAAUAUUAAUAAAUACGAAUCGAUUUCAUCUUUAUUUUAUUGUGAAAAAUCUCAUAAAUAUAUAUCGAAACAUCGUCUCAUUGAUGGUAUUCAGGAUUGUUAUCAUGAUGAAGAUGAAAGUUAUACACAUAGUUGUUCGUUAAAUGAUACUCAACGUUUUAAUUGUACAUCAGAAACAAAAUGUUUGUCACCUCUAGGUAUUGGCUUUGAUUAUCCUCAAUGCAAAAAUGGAGAAGAUGGAUACAUUGAAAGUCAUGAAAUAUUUGUAUAUUCACAUCUUUGCAAUCAUAUAAAUCAUGAUCCACAGUUACCACCAGAAAAUAAUGAAAACGAUGAAACCAGUUGUCAAUGGUGGCCUUGUCAUACACCGUAUACUCGAUGUGAUAAUGUUUUUCACUGUGCUAAUGGCAUCGAUGAAUUAAAUUGUCCUAAUGUUAAUUGUAAUAUUAAUGAAUUUAAAUGUCAAAUUAUUAAUUCAACUAAUAAUUAUUAUUGUAUUCCUCAACAAUAUAUUUACGAAAAACCAGUCGAUUGUAUUAAUCAUGAUUUUAGGGAUAAUCUAUAUCGAAAUAUAUUUUAUUCGAAUAGUUUAACUUUUAAUACUAAUAAAGAAUAUAUAUCAUGGAAAGAAAAGACCUGUUUAACAAAAAAUGAUAUUUGUGGUAAUUCAUCGACUAAUGAUCAACAAUUAAUAUGUAAUAUUGUUGAAAAAGAAAAUAUUCGUUUUAACUAUACAUUCUCAGUAGAUUUGUAUAAUAAUGGAACAUUAUGUCGCAUAGCAAAGAAUACUACUGACCGCGUCCGUAGUCCUUAUUAUUUUUCUACAUGGAAUUUGGGAUAUUUUCCACCAAUAAUAAAUCAGAUAUCAUUAUCGUCUCAACAAUCUAUCAAUAUUAAGCCACAAAAACCUCUCGAAAUACAUACUAGUAUUGAAUUAAUUGAACAUUGUAAUCGUGGAAUUGUUAUAUUCGAAGGUAAAUCAUUUGAAAAGAAAUGUUUAUGUCCACCUAGUUAUUUUGGUGAGAGAUGUCAAUGGCAAAAUCAACGCAUUAGUUUAACAUUUCAGAUACGACCAUUAGGUUCACAUGAGAAUAAACAAUCUAUUUAUGAAAUAUUCAUUUAUUUAAUUGAUGAUGAAAAUGGAAUAAUACAUAAUUAUGAACAAAUAAAUUAUAUUUCAUCGCUAGAUUGUAAUACAAAAUACAAUCGUUAUUUACUUUAUCCUGAUCGACCAAAAAUUGUCAAUCAUACAUAUUCGAUACGUAUUGAUAUUUAUGAAAAAUCAACAUUAAUAAACUAUUAUGGAAGUUGGAAUUUAUCUAUUCCAUUUCCAUUCUUACCAGUUAAUCGUAUAUCAACACAACUUCGUAUUCCAUCAGAAAAAUCUCAAUUAUCAAUAAAUUGUUCAAUUCAAUGUGGAAACAAUGGAAAAUGUUACAGAUAUAUUAAUUCAACAAAAGAAUUUUGUUAUUGUGAUCAAGGUUAUUCAGGUCGUUUUUGUAAUAUGACAUAUCAACAUUCUUGUUCAUCUGGUUCAACUGCUUUAAAUACAUCAAUUUGUUUAUGUCCAUUAAAUAAAUUUGGUUCAAAAUGUUAUUUACAACAUAAAUAUUGCCAAUCUAAUAAAACUUCAUGUCAAAAUAAUGGUAAAUGUAUACCUUAUAAUUAUCAUACAAAUUAUGAUAAUUUCAUUUGUUUAUGUCCUGAAAAUUUUAUGGGAUCUCAUUGUGAAUAUCAAUCAAACAGAAUAAAUAUUAAUUUCAAAAACGAUUCAAUCCCGUCAUUAGUUUUUGCUCAUUAUAUAAUUUCACAUGAUGAUAAAAGACAUGAAAGAAUAUUAAGGUUUAAAAAAAUUCCAUUUGAUCAAAAUUCAAUUGAAUUAUCCUAUACAACUCCGUUUAAUUUAUUAUUUAUUGAAUUCGAAAAAAAUUAUUAUCUUACUGUAGUAAGAGAAAAACCAAUUCGAUCUGAAAACAUUUUUACUACUAUAAAUCAAGAUUAUAAAUGUGAAAAUAUAAGUAAAUUUUUAAAUUCAACAAUACUUAAUUAUAAAACUCUUCGUCGAUUAAAAUAUUAUCAAUUACCAUGUAUACAAAAUCACAAAUUAAAAUGCUUUUAUGAUGAUAAAUAUAUGUGUGUUUGUGAUAAUAAUCGAUAUUCAAAUUGUUUUGAAUUUGAUCAUGUGUCCCAUGAUUGUCAAGGUAAUAAUUAUUGUAAAAAUAAUGGCUCAUGUUUUCAAGAUAAUCUAAUUUGUCCAUCAACUUCUGGAUGUAUAUGUAAAAAAUGUUAUUAUGGAAGUAAAUGUGAAUUAAAUACCAUAGGUUUUAGUACAUCACUUGAUGUUAUAUUUGGAUAUCAUAUAAAACCAUUUAUUUCAUUUACAAAACAAUCCACAGCAGUGAAAAUAACAGCAUCCAUAACAAUUUUAAUGUUAAUAUUUAGUAUUAUUAAUGGAAUAUUAUCUAUAUUAACGUUUAAAAGUGAAUCUUUACUUAAAGUAGGUUGUGGAAUUUAUUUAUUAACAAAUUCAAUUGUAUCGAUAUUAACAAUAACUGUAUUUACAAUAAAAUAUUUUCAACUUAUUAUUUUUCAAAUGAAAUCUAUAACAAAUGCAUCAUUUAUUAAUUUUAGUUGUAUAUUAACUGAUGUAUUAUUAAAAAUUCUACUUAGUUUUGGCGAUUGGUUAUAUGCAGCUGUAGCUAUUGAAAGAACAUCAAAUGCUGUACAAGGAAUACAUUUUAAUAAGUCAAAAAGUAUAUAUAUAGCUAAAUAUGUUAUACCGAUAAUAUUAUUAUUGAUAAGUUUAUCUUAUAUUCAUGAUCCAAUAUCUCGUCGAUUAUUUAAUGAUGAUGAUGAACAAAGAACAUGGUGUAUUCUUGAAUAUUCAUUAAAUUUAAAAACUUAUGAUAAAUUUAUAAAUUUAUUUCAUGUUUUAACACCAUUUAUAAUUAAUAUCUUAUCUGCUAUAUGUAUAACAAUUCAAGUAUUUCGAAUACGUGUAAAAACAAAGAAAAAGUCAACAUACAAAAAACUUCUUUGUAUUCAAGUUCAACAACAUAAACAUCUUCUUAUUUCACCAUGUAUUUUAAUAUUAUUAUCUAUUCCUCGUUUGAUUAUUUCAUUUUUAUCUGGAUGUAUGGAAUCAGUAGGUACUCCAUGGUUAUACUUAACUGGAUAUUAUAUUUCAUUUAUUCCACCAUUACUUAUUAUUAUAUUAUUUAUUUUACCUUCGAGAACAUACAAAGAUGAAUUUAUUUCUAUUAUAAGAAAAAUAAAUUUUAUUUCAAAAUAA